CCGUAGGAGAGACGCAAUCACCGUGCUGUCAGGAGUCGUUUGUUGAUCAACGUUGGGCUGUGGAUCGAAGUUGGCUUUUCUGUCCCACUUUUACGUCCCUGCCACGAUUCUCCCCCACCAAGCCAGCUAUGCUGUAAGGGAGCUCACUACCUCCACCACAACCCUCACCCCCACCACCACAGCCUCACCCCAGCACCCACCCCAGCCAUGACAACAGCCUCUCAAUGGAGCAGACUGCAGGGAGCAUGAGGACAGGUGACACACCCCUCCCCCUGACCUAUCCCCUGCUGUGCUGUCCCUGCCGCCACGCCAGGAGCAUGCAGCGGCAGCAGAAUAAUGGUUGACUGGGGUCUGGAAGAACGAGGCGGAGAGCUGCAUGUAGCCGGGAUGCAUGCGGCCGACAGACACCAACACCCAGACGCAAGACUCCCACCUGAUGCCGACAUGUCGCGGGAGGACGAGACGGAGCUUAACGUCAUGGAUUUUGUGGAGACGGAGUACAAUGCGGAUGUGUGCGAUGUCGCCGAGCAAGGUAAGAAGCGGAAGAAGCCACGUCCAAGGGCUCAGGGGCCCCAAAGGAAGGCGAGGAACACAAAGAAGUCAAAGCAGAACGUCAAGGUGGCCAGUGAAGGAGGCCGGACAGCAUACAAGCGCAGGAAGCGAAAACACAGCGACAAACACACAGACGACAGCAAUGUGGAGCAGCACUACCCCUAUGCCACCAUCCUGAAGAACCUCUGUGACAAGGUGGGCAGCUCCCAGGGCAGCCCUGAGGCCCUCCCUAGGAUAUUCAGCCAACUCAGGUACAUUGAUGUCCACUACCCCUAUGCCUCCCUCCUGCAGGCACUCCACCGCCACGCCGGGGUGAGCGCCAGGCGUGACACCAGUCCGUCCAGGGCCGGGCCGUCGCUGGAGGUGGCCCGUGUCAUGAGGAACCUUCACUACCCUCUUGCCGCAUCUGCUGACAAUGAAGAAGAGCCAGACAGCCCGUCGAUGCUCUUCAGCACCUUGUUGAUGAUGACGGUGAUGCAGCAGAAGGUGCAUAGCCAUGGCACCAGCCUGACCACCCCUUCAGACCCCUGCUGUGGCAUGGCAGGCAUCGGGGAGAUCCUGCGCAGGCAGAUGCCUCGCCCCCAGAAGGAUGACCUGCCCCCUUCAGAGCUCUCCUCAGCCUCUCUCCUACGGAAGAUGUCCGUCUCAGCAGAGAGAGACCAGGUGUCAUCUGGGUACAAGCGCUGCCUCUCCGGGGCCCAGCAGGGGGCCGUCUGGUCCUCCACUGAGUCAUCUCACAGUGAGGCGGACGAUCGGGAUUGGCGGCCAACCCACUGGCUGGCCAAGAAGGUCUCCGGGGACACUGCUUCACCAGGCAAGCGGAAGUCAGUGAGGAAAAACAAGACCCAGAGCUGUGGCCCGGAGCCGGAGCAGCCCAACACCUCCCAGGGAGCCAGGGGGGCGGGGCGGGGCAGGCAGCAGCGGUGUGCGGCCUCUGAUUCUGCCCGGGCCAGGCUGCUGCAGUUCAUCAUGGACCGCCGCCAGGGAGACCCCACAGACAAGAAGAGCAAGAAGGCCCUCAAGCGUGCCAAGGUCACCAAGAAGCGGGGCAAGAGAAAACAUGCCAACAACACCCAGAAACACAGCGACGACUGGACCACCACGCUGCCCGAGGAAGGCCUCGCCGUGCCUGCAAGAAGGGCCAGCAGCCGCCGUGCAGCGAGGGAGCCCCAGAGUCUCCUGAAGGAGUACCUCCUCAAGCCUGCAGGGGAGGAGGUGGUCCCCAGUGACAACUGUGACAUACCAAAAUUGGAGUCCAACUUCCUCUUCAGCCGCCUCCUGCAAAACUUCAAGAAUCUGGCUGAGUCCUGCCAGCCAGAUGAUCCCUCUGAGAGGCCCACCAAGUCCAGCCGCGGCCCCAGCAUCCUGCGGGGCAUGCUGGCCUCCAGCGGUGGCGGGGACCAGGCAAUGGAAGGCUUAUUUUUGAGUGACUGCCAGAGUGCCUCCCUCUCCCCCUUGGGGCAGCAGCAGGAGGCCCAGGUGAAGGUGAAGCAGGAGAUCAAGGUGGAGUGUGAGGAAAUUGUGUGCAAGGUGGAGGUGGAGGAAGACGGAUUUGAGUGCCAAGUGUGCCACCUCCAGUUCUCCUCCUUGACCGACCUCUCUAACCACCAGGUGCUCUUCCAUUGUGCCGAGGACCCCCCCACCCCCACAGGCUCCCACCGGCUCCUGGGGUGCGGGGUGGAGGGCCUGGCUGGGGGGGUGAUGCAGGGGAAGCAGCCAGCCUGACCCCCAACUAGUGCCAUGCCACAGCGCCCCCCUCGCCCCCUGACCCUCAGCCUCUUGCCUGCCCUCGCUGUGGCUCUGACGUUCUUCAUGUACAAAUAUACAUAAACACGGAUAGAGUAUUGCACUGCAAGGGCUGUACGUGCAUGUGUAUGUGGCUUUUUUGUAGGUGUGUGGAUGUGUGGAUGUAUUUUGAAGUAGGGCAAUAAGCAAACAGAUGUGUGCGUGUGUGUAUGUGCAUGUGUGUGCAUGUACAUGGUCUUCAAAUGUACAUAGCUGGUGUAGACGGAGUUACCAGUGUUGACCCUACGAGCUAAUAUAAAGAAACGUAUACUAUCGAACGUUGAGUGUUAGUCGAGCACACAGUGGAGUAACCAAGUGAGAAGACCGAGUCCGUCCAAGGCACACAGCCACUGCGUUAGGCUCCUUAGCUGUUCUUUCAUGACAAGGCUGUUAUGCAGGAAGAGUGUGCAAUUAUUAGCCUCAUAGUGAAGUAGCUGCUUGUGAUAAUACUGUGGAGGAAGGAGGCAUCAGUGUAGGUGUAGCUAGGUAGACACACAUGAAUACAGUGUUCUUUCCUCUCCCCAUCAGUGCCCAGGCUGUUGUGUUGAUUAGGUGUUGCAGGCUGGCUGAGAGGGUUCAUUUGAGUGUUCUUGUGUUUAGUGGGUGUUGCGUCGGCUGGCUGGGAGGGUAUAGCUAUGAAGAGGAGUGUUUUAUGUUCAGUAGUGUUGCAUAGGCUGGGUGGGGGGAGGGUUUACCUAUGGAGAGGAGCGUGAGUGUUGUUGUGUUGAGUAGAAGGAGAGUUUUGGUAUGGAGAGGGGUGUGAGUGUUGUAGUGUUGCAUAGGCUGUCUGGGGGUGAGGUUUAGGUAUGGAGAGGGGAGUGAGUGUUCUUGUGUUGAAUAGAAGUGUUGCAUAGGCUGACUGGGGGUGAGGUUUAGGUAUGGAGAGGGGAGUGAGUGUUCUUGUGUUGAAUAGAAGUGUUGCAUAGGCUGACUGGGAGGGUGGAGCUACUGAGAGGAGAGUGAGUGUUCCUUCAUAUUGCAGUGGCUAUAAGCAAGCUGUGUUUCUUUUUUUGUAGUUUUAAAAGCCCAAAAGACACUAAAUAUACUUGGCCUGAUUGUGGUGAGUUAAUGGUAAGCACGCAACCUUACGUCUGACUCAGUGAAAUACAGUAAACGUGCCUGCUGCCCCUCGCCUCCUGACCCACAGUGUUGCAUGUUCUGUGAAGCUUCCAAGUCGUAAUAGAGCACAGAGCAUAUUUUCAUAACGCUGAUGCAAUAAAUUGUCGAUCAAUGAGUGAGUCAGACGAGAAUCAAUUCUUUGGGGUGUACAGUUAGUGACACUUUUUUGUCAUAGUAAUAAGGAAUGAAUGUUGAUUUUAGGCAUAUUCUGGAUUUAUCUAUUCUGAUGAACUGACAAAUUUGCUUCAUUCAUGCCAAAGAAAAUUUAUUGGUUUUAAAUCUUUCUUGUCAGUGUGUUACAGUGUGUUGGUGAUCUCAUCUGAUGCAUGGGAGGCGUAGUGGAGACAGGACGUUCAUCUGAGUAAGGUUUUGUUCAGACAUUCGUGGUGACUCCCAGGCUGUUGAUUGUGGCCACUGCUGCUUCCUCCCUGCUGUGCCGCUGCUCAUGCCCUGUGCCGGCAGCAGUGCACUGAGUUGGGGGGUUUACAUCCCUGGUGGUACGACACACUGGAGAGGCAGGAAAGCGUCUGGCAAACGAUUUCAGAUGAAGUACAAAGUGUCGUGUCGUUUUUGUAUGACGAAAUGAAGUGGAAGGAAGCAUUUAAUUAUCACUCAAUACUUUCCAGUCUUCAUAAGUACAUUGACGCAUUGUAUGGGUAUGUGAUGCUAACACCACUCCACUAGGUGUGUCACAAUGAUUUGUAAAUGUAUGAUGUAUGCAGGAGGUAUAAAGAUGAGAGUAAACUCUUUUAUAAUAGGUGAACAGUGAGAGAUUACUUCCUCAGACCGUAAUUGAUGUUCUGUCGCAGUGUGUCUCUCUGGGUGUUGCCGCUACGAGUGAUGCAACUCAAGAUUUAUGGCAGUUAUAUGUUUUUUUGAGCAUCAUGCUGACAAAAUCUUUCGUAGCCGUAGGAACAAUUAAGGAGCUGUGCAAUUAUAGUGGAAAUUUUGUAUGCCAUGAAUUAAUUAUAGGGAAGACUAAGUAUGAGGAAUGGUGUGUUUGAGUGCGCAUAGUGUAGUGAUUACGACACACACACUUGAUUCAUGAGGCAGAGCAAGUGCUGGUGUGUGCAUUGCCUGCCUGUGCGCAUGUGGGUGUGGGUGGGAAGGGGGUUGUGUGUGUGUGUGUGUGUUUGUGCGUGUGUGAAGGUCUAAGGAAGGGGUCACCAUCACCUGUGUAGCCGCUGCCUUGUUCAGCCUCGUGGUGGUGCGGGGAACACACUGGUCAAGCUACUCAGCCACACAUGUACUGCUGCAUUCCAGUGUGUGUGUGUAUGCAUUUAUGUGUGUUGAUGUAUGCAUGUGUAUAAUGGUCUUCACACAGUUAGGAAACACAAACUACCGGAAAAAAUUGUCAUUCUUUUCUAUCAUUACUACAUUUAUACAUCUGACUUCCUUGUCUUUUGAACUUCUCAUAAAGGGACUCCGUUUCAAAUGAUGUCAGUUUUCCCUUUUCAUUUUCAUUUUCCUCUCUCACAUUUUGCCUUCUCAUAACUUAGUCUUCACUCUUCCUUCAUAUAUCACAUCCUCCAGCAGCUGCCCUGGCAAGCUUAUUUAAAAACUGAUUCAUUUUAACACAGCACUCUGCUCCUGUCCACAACAUACACAGCCCUCACCUCCUCACUUAGUCAGCCUCCAUUAAGGCCGUUCAUGCAGUGAGUACCUGUGUGUUGUGCCUGGUGGCCCCCCAGUGCAUGAGUGGCUGAGUGGCUGCCGGCCGGCCUGCACCCCAACACUGCUGCUGCCAUAGUUCACUGCAGGACAGCCUCUGCAGAACAUUAGGUAGAUGCCGGGUCAGGUGCACUGCUGCUGCUGCUGCUGCUGCUGUUGGCAGUAGUAGGCUUGAGCAUCAGUUUAGGAGAUAUAUAGAAUAUUAUGUAGUUGUCUUAGUAUUCAGAAAGCCAUAACCUGAUUUUAUAAGCUUUUGGGGGAUUUAGACUUUUAGAGUUUGAACGAAUAAUUGAUGUGUAAGGUUGACCUGUAAUUCAAUGUACAAUAUAAUUUUUUGUAAUUAUAUAAAAGACUUAUUUGUGCUAAAUACUUCAUAAGUUCUUGAUAGUUUUCUGUAUACAAAAGUAGUUGUUAUUCUGUAAAUGUCAGUGUAAGUUUUAUAUUGUUUCUGUUAAGUUUACGACACAAUUGUUUGCUUGCGACGAGUGACGCGUCCAGGCACUGCCGAGAGUGUCCUGGUGGCCGCGUUCCCUCCCCGCACCGCUAUGCACAACGACGGAGGCUGACUGUGUGCCGAGGGCCGCACCGUGUGCUGCCCGCCAGUCAGGGACGACCGUUUUGUACACUUUUUUAGUUUACUUUUUACUAAGACCAAAAGAGCCAGACACAGGUUUGGCUGUUCUGUCUUACUUUUUACUUGUUCCUGAAUGAAGAUGCAAUAUUUGAUAGUUUUUACUAUUUCAGAAAAUAUUGUUAAUAUUUGUUUUCAUUUAUUCAUAAUUACAAAUAUUGCGCUGCAUUAGAAAUGAUUUUCAACUCGUCUUCAUUCUUGAACAAAAAAAGCUGGCACUUGUCUUUUCGUACCUGGAAAUUGCUUCUUAGAUGAUCAUUAUUGUGUUUUCUUUUUAACAGUGAAUGGACAGAACAUAUUCACCAUUAUCUUGCAGGUUAGGGUGUCUGUAUAUUUUUGGGAAUUAUUGAUCACUCAUUUGUUAUAGUCUGCUAUGUUAUUCCUUAAGAAAUGGCACUUUGAUUGACGAUUGAUAUUAAUGGUCAGAUAUAUUUUCACAUGGAAUAGGAUAUCACCUUCAACGAGUAUAUCUUAAUGCAUUUGAUUUAAUGGAUUUGUUUUAGAUGGCUGAUAUUGAUAGUUUCAAAUUAUAUUUUCCUAUGAUUUGUGGUAUCACCCACAUUAUGCAUUUGUUUUAGCAUAUCUGUUAUGACAUAAGUGUUCAGACGUACAUUGUUGUCCACACGAGUGACUGUCGUAACACUGCUGCCUUCCACCCCAGACCACUCCCUUGAGAGGACAGUGUUGCAGAGCCUUGGGGGUGAGGGAGGCCAGGGUGAGGCAGGGUGGUGCUGGCAGGCUGAGUGGAGGGUGUGGGGCAGCACUGCCAGCGGUAGGCAAGGCACUGGGCUGACUGCCACCACUCAUGUUCAAGUUGCACUGCCAGUGUUUGCUUCACUUCUGUAAGAUAACGCUUCAUCCUUUUAAUUUUUCACCUUUUUUUUUUCCUUUAUCUGAUACAGUGUUCCCUUCUAUCAGUGGUGUGUGUGGGGAUUUAGUACAUAUACUUUUAAAAUUCUUAUACUCUCCAUGUAAUUUUUAUUCUUACUUGCUUAUUAUUAGUUGUCUGCAUUGUUUAUUGCACAAGUUGUCAUCACUACUAUGUACAUUUCUUUGGUGAAUGUCAUUAUAACUCAGUCUUUGCUUGCCAUCUGCCAAUUUCAAUGAGAGAACACACACACACCAGAGCAGACCUUUCCCUCACCUUGCCAGCAAUAGGUACACUGCCAUGUGCCUCUGUGGCUGCCCUUUGCCUGUGUAGACGUGCCAAGGUACCCAAGUAACCUGGAAAUAGGGAGCUGAGUGUUGAGUGCCAGUAUAUAAUGUGUUUGUGUGUGUGUUUAACUGAUAGUGAGAGGGAUUCAAGGUUAAUCUGGGGCCUAAGUGUGUGUGUGUGUGUGUGUGUGUGUGUGUGUGUGUGUGUGUGUGUGUGUGUGUAUUUACCUAGUUGUAGUUUUACAGGGCCUGGGCUUUACGCUCGUGUGGUCCAGUCUCCAUAUCUAGAUUUAUCCAACGUUUCCAUAAAGCUUUGCACACUCCUCGCCGAUACUACAUCUUCACUUAGUCUGUUCUAAAACUCUAUACUUCUUUGCGGGAAGCUAUAUUUCUUUAUGUCUCAAGCAUCUUCCCUUCCUCAAUUUUU